AUGGCUACUGAGAAACUCGGCGCCACCGGGCGCAUUACGACUGUCACGACAUAUCGCUCCUUGCUUUCCUCACGCGACCGCCGGACCUUCACAUCGACUGCUGGCCGACACUCGGUCACCGCCCUUCUGGAAACGCUUCAGAAACUCGCGAAGAAGGCAGAAGGCGAGGCGCAAGCGAACAGGCGGUCCGACACAACAGACACAAGCCCGAAGGUGCGCAAGUACGCAGUCCUAAGCAAGAAGACUCUGAGCGCCUUCAUCGAUCGCAAGCGGGCACCCGAGGAUCGAAUCACACUUCUCGAACGGGUGGAAGGCGAGGAGACAGCACGUGACAAGGGGGCAAGACCUCUCGACGGCAGACUAUCCGCCGGCGACAUGUCCUCCAGCAUCGAGUUCAUUACAACCCCCACGGCCGACACGCCCGGCACAACCAUCAUUCUGCGCACCCAGACCAACAACCACUAUGUCUUCGGCAGCCAGGCAGAGGGCAUCCAGCGCGCGCUCGUGCAGCAGGGGACGCGCCUGCUCAAGGUUAAGGACUUCUUCCUGACAGGCAGGACGGAAUGGAAGAACGUCGGUGGCAUGGCCGGCAUGAUGCUGACCAUGACCGAUGCAACCUCGACCUCGUACGCACAGAAUCUCGCGACGUGGGAGAAGGCGAAAGAGCGCGGCAGGGUCACGGACCCGCCGGUAAAGCCGCAGUUCAACAUAUACGGCCCGCCAAAUCUCAAGCACAUGUUCGGUACCUGCCGGAGGUUUAUCUUCCGAAAAGGCGUGCCGAUCGUUGCCACAGAGUACACAGACAAGACGCUGUCAACGGGCAGCGGUGGUGCGCAUCUGCCUUCGUUUGAAGACGACUUCCUCCAAGUCUGGGCGCUUCCAGUCACGCCUCUGCGCAGGGAAGUAAAUGCACAGGCGGACGCAGAUCUGGAGGAAGAGAUUCGUCGCUGGGAGCUGAGCGGCAACACCUUCCAAGACCACCAGGCGCCGGACAACGAGACUGCAGAAGAGCGCCAAAUACGGCACGAUCGCAUUCGCAGUGUGACCGUCAAGCACAUGUUUGACUCCAGCUGGAGCUUCGAUACGCUUGUCGAGCGACACAUCUCCGAGGUAGAGAUGCCUACAGCUCUGUUCGUGCGAAACGCGGAUGCAAGCGGCUACAAACCGUACACAGGUCCCAAGCCAGGCGGCCAAGAACCUCUACCUGACAUCAUGGUGUGGACUCGUACACCCUGGCCUGGCGCGAAGAUCAUGUCUCUGCCGCCAACAAGACCCGCGCCCGAAUGCAUCUCGUACAUCGUGCGCACAUACCCUGCUCGCGGCUCGUUCGAUGUCAAACGCGCCAAAGAGCUCGGUGUCAAGCAAGGUCCGGAUUUUGGAAAGCUCAGCAACGGCCAGUCUGUACAGAACGUGAACGGAGAGACCGUUACCCCAGAUCAGGUUCUUGGACCAGAUAGGCCCGGCCAAGGUUUUGCUCUCUUGGACAUCCCCUCCGUCGACUAUCUGGAAGCUGUCGUUGAACGAGAGGAGUUCAGGUCCGCUGACCUGAUGAAGGGCAUUGAGGGCUUCAUCUGGACGCUUGGUUCGGGGGUUGCUGGUCAUCCUACCCUGAACGCGUUCAUGAGCAAAUUCAACAGUGUCAAGCACAUCAUCUCGUCUGCAGACGCAACUCCUAAUCGUAUAGCAUUCGAUUCUGUAGCUGGCCAGACGACAAGACUGGCGCAGGUCGACCCCGCUCGAUACCAAGUACCUCAGUACGAUCUUACAAGUCUACCGCAGAAGCAGCUUUCAGAAUCAGAGCAGAUGCAGCAGACGAUCACCUUGCCCGAGAACGCCGUUGUCGCUGACAGAGGCCUUUCCGCCACCCUGAUGCCAAAGUUCGAUUUGAAGCCCGACACCCGGCAAGCACACUUCGAUCCCGAGGCGGUCAAGAAAGAGACAGCACCAGAGGUCCUGGAGCUAGCUAGGGCUGCGCAGAAGGCAGUUCAGGAUGCCCAGAAGGAGUAUGAGCCAUGGCGAGCCCUUCUGGCCCAUCCCGGUACGGAAAUCACCACACUUGGCACAGGCUCAGCGCUUCCCUCCAAGUACCGCAAUGUCUCUGCCACCCUUGUGCGCGUACCAGGUGUCGGCAACUACCUCUUCGACGCCGGCGAGAACACCAUGGGCCAGCUGCAGAGAGUGUUUCCGCCGGAGGAGCUCACACAGAUUCUGAGGAAGCUGCGGGUAAUCUGGAUCUCCCACCUUCACGCAGACCACCACCUAGGCACUGCCUCCGUGAUCAAAGCCUGGUACCACAUCAAACACAACAACGUGCCCAACCCCUCGCUUCCUGCCGCCGCAACCGCCGCCAGCAACGUCGACGAUUUCGGCCUCUCAGUAAUCUCCCACGACGGCAUGCUCCAGUGGCUGCGCGAAUACUCCUCCAUCGAGGACUUUGGCUACUCGCGCAUCCUCCCUCUCGAGAUCACCCCCGCCACAAUCGGUGUCGGCGGCUCCAUACUCGCUAUAAACGGCAAAACAACAUCAGGAGACCUGAGAAUCGCCCGUCAAGACUACCCCUCCCUCUUCGGCUUCGCAGACAUCCAAUCCGUCCGCGUGGCACACUGCCACGGCGCCAUGGCCGUCAGCAUCACCUUCCCUCCCUCCACAUCUGACCACAACGUAAAGCCUUUGAAAGUUUCGUACUCCGGGGACUGCCGCCCCUCCCAGCCGUUCAGCAAGAUCGGCAAGGAUACAACCGUGCUCAUCCACGAAGCGACUUUCGACGACGAACUCGCAGGCGAUGCGCGCGCGAAGAAACACAGCACCACUUCUGAAGCGCUGGGCAUUGGGGCGCGGAUGAAUGCAAAGGCUGUUGUGUUGACACACUUCUCGCAGCGGUAUCAGAAGAUUCCCGUCCUACAAACCGUACAAGACGGCGAGAGCGCAUCAGCCGAGGAAGACUUGAUCGCAGCUACCGAAGACGCAGAAGCAGACGAUAUGGACCCUACUACCGACACCACAAUGCAGAACUCCGACAUUCGCCCCCCGCCCGCCGGGCCCGCAGUUCCGCAGCCGCCGAAGCUGGUCCAUCAGGCCUCUCCUUUGGCGGAGAAUGGGAGGGUCAUUAAGGUCAGGAAUAAGGAUAUGAAAGUUGCAAUUGCGUUUGAUUACAUGCGCGUCAAGUUGAAGGAUAUCAUUGAGUUGGAGAAGUACAACGAAGCGCUCAAUGAGCUGCUGGUCAAGGAGGUUGAAGAUGAAGUAGAGGGAAAGGAAGAGGCCGGGGUGAAUGCGAAUGGGAAAAGGAGUUCCGAGGAUGAGCAAGGGAAGGGCGUGAGUAAGAAGCAGAAGAAGAAGGAGAAGGCGAAAAGCCAGAGGAACAAUUAAUCCUGGUACGAGGGCGCGAUAGACAUGUACAACACCAUGCAAUAGCAUCUGCGCUUGUUAGCCACAGUCCUAAUAGUAAUGACGCCAGCAGCACCCUCUCUCGACACGGGACAUGGUAACGUCCCAUUUUCCUCCGCACUGAACGAGC